UGAUACAGCAGUUCAGUGUUCGACAGGAAAUAAAGGUCAAUGAUGUCUCUCGCGAAAGUAUUGGUUUUCAUGCUCAUAUUGAACACGAGACUACGAGUUACGAGAUCGUGUAUUCCGGCUACUAAUGUCACCUGCCCAAGGCUAUGUGAGUGUACACUCUGUGGUAAAGCUUUGUACUUAAAUGUUUAUUGCUGGAACGUCAAAUCUGCGUCAAUGCUGAACGACACGGUACAGCUAAUGCCACUGGAAACCGACACUGUUGGUAUUGGAUGGAACAAAUUAUCGCAGAUAUUCAAUAGGACAUUCCUCCGUUUAUCUAACUUAACACGGCUUUUUGUUGAUCACAGCAAACUGGACGGAAAUCUAAUACAACUUGGGGCAUUUCACGGGCUUAAUAAGUUGACACAUUUGAACAUGGGCAACAACCCCCGUCCUGGUAUAAUACAAUUGCACAGUGAGUGGCUGAAACCAUUGCCAUUGCUAUCAAUAUUAAGUUUCGAAUAUAGUAACUUGAAUUAUAUUCCAGAGGACGUGUUUGCAAACAAUUCCAAAUUAUAUCUGAUUAAACUCUAUAACAACAACCUGAAAUCGAUUGCAGCGUCGACAUUUCAUAACCUGCCGGAACUUGAAAGAUUGUUUUUACAGCAUAACUCAUUAACCAGUCUACCAGCAGACAUGUUCAAUGGAACGCGCGAAGUCAAAGAACUGAACAUUGCUCACAACCAACUAACAACCAUCUCUCCUGACACCGGCCUACAAAAUUUAGCCUCAUUAUACAAACUUCAUGUAUACGGCAAUCCAUUAGACUGUGGAUGUGACUUAAUUUGGUUUCGUAAUUGGAUUGACACUACAGACGUUGUGUGGAAUAUAAACAAUGUAAACUGUUCCGAUGGAAAGAAUAUUCUUAAAUUCAAUCCUGAGAGAUUACAGUGUGGUUUUCCUGUUCUGAUAACUGUGAUGUCGACAUUGUCAGUUGUUAUCUUGUGUACGGGGAUAGUUCUGGUCAUUUUAAACAGAUGGCAGUUACGAUAUGGUAUAUUUUUAUGUAGACGUGCAUGCAGAAGAGAGUAUGCAGAAAUUGAAAGAUGCAAUGACGAGUUUGAAUACGAUGUUUUCCUUUCACAUUCCAGCAAAGAUGUAGAUUGGGUUACAAAUGUCCUCCGACCAACUCUGGAAAACCCACCUUAUAACUAUAAACUGUGUUUAGAUUAUCGCGAUUUUAUUGUAGGGGAUACAAUCGCUGAUAAUAUCAUUGACGCUGUGCAGAAAAGUCGUAAAACGGCAUUCAUCUUAACUAAAUCAUUUAUAGAGAGUGAGUGGUGUUACUUUGAACUUGAGAUGGUACGACAACAGAUGUUUGAUGAACACAGAGAUUUAGCCAUUUUAAUCAUGAAAGAGAAUGUCUCCACCGGUGAUAUGCCAGGAUUGCUGAAGUAUUUAAUGAGAAAGGGCAACUAUAUUGAGUGGAGUGAAAACAAAUACGGAAAUAAAUUAUUUUGGAACAAACUUGACAAUGCUCUAAACUACAACAAAGAAAACAUGGUUUAAUUUAAAGUGAGUUGGUUGCUAAUGGUGACACAGAAUAGUCAGUCGUGAAGAUAUAGGUAACUCUUCAUUUGAAUAUAUAUAUAUUUCA